GCCCAGAUUUAUUGUAGAAUAUUCUUCUGAACUGUAGGUGGUACAGCAGAUAGAUGAAUUUAACAGAUUAAUGAGUGUUGCUGUCUAUUGCGUGUCUGUUUCUCUUUGGAAACUAUGCUUUUUUUGUUUAUGAAAAUGAGCGGCAAGUUUAUGUUAACUCCCUGUGUCUUUCACUACGGGAACGGUUUGAUCAUACCUAUUGAGCAAAUCUCAAGCAUAUCAACUAGAUCAUGUUUAAUACAUAGCUGUUCUAAAGGCUAUUCUACAAAGUAUCGUUUUGUAAAGUAUAUGAAAGCAAAUGUCAUUCUCCGACAAGAGAACAGAGUGGUGCGUCAUUUAAUCCUCACCUCAAUCUUGCUGCAAAGGAAAAUUUCGCAAUACUUACAAUGCAGACACCUAAUUACAGGGAGGAGUAACUGCUAAUCCCAAUCUCUUGUAAGACAUCUGUCAAAAGUCCAACACUACCUAAAAAGCAGAGCAAGAAGAAUCCUAAAGCAGUCAUAGUUUGUAAACAUAGUGUUUUUCUGAAUAAAAUAAAUUAUUAUAUUGUUAUAUGAGUUAAAUUCAUCGGGCAAUGUUGGUUUGGUUGGUUCACUGUAUAUUCCGUUUACUGUUUGCACAACUAAAUGGUUGUAAAAGUGCAUGUUCUUUUCCAAAUACUAUGUUUCAUUUUGUGAUUUUGUUUUCUUCAUGACAAUAGGCAACAUUUUUCAAUGAUAUAUCUCUUUAAUUUGUCCAUUUUGAUUUGUUGUACUUGCAUUUGAAUGACCAAUGUAAAUACUAAUAUAAUUGGAAUACUGAUGGAAAUGGCAAUUCAAAUUCAAAUGAUCAAGUGAGAAGUGCUGAGAUGUGAAUUUGUCCUUGACAUACAUACACUUUAUUUUAUUUUUGAGAAGGUAUUCCUAAAGCUUUGUGCAUUUAAUUCCACACUAAAUAUCAAGUGUUGGUCUUAACAAGGAGUAGAGGUAGGAACAUAUCCUCUGUUGUUUUUAGAAGUGCUAUUAUGGCUGCUGUCUAUUGAUGUUCUAGUCACAUUUUGAAUAUAAAAAUGUUAAUUUUGAAUCUGUAACAACUCACUGUAAUUUGUUCUAAAAUAAAUAUACCACCAGUAUUUGAAAUGUAAACAUCUUUCAUCAAGGGGUCAUGGCUAUUGAGCGAAUCCCAAGCAUUAUGGUGGGAGAUUUUGGAGGAAAAGAAAUACUGGGCCUCUGCCAGGAAGACCACCUGUUGAGUCUGAAGGCUCUCACUGAGAAGCUGCAGGUGGAGACAAGAAGGUCCUCUUACCUGGGGUGGAGGGCCCAGCUGGAGGCCCAGGCUACGAGGGGCCAGAAUGGGAAAGUGGAGUAUGUGGCAGUCACAGAGGACAAAUAUGCUCCUGGAUCUCUGAUGAGGCAGGGACCCAGGGCCGCAGGGCCUGGCAAGGGGUGUGGUGGAGAAUGCAUAACCUUUACAGGCCUCAGGGGAUUCGGCAGCAUAGACGAGGCCUUGGUCUGGCUGAGGAAAGAACUGAAAGAAAUGCGAGUACAGGACCAGCAGCUGGCCCAGCAACUGAUGUGCCUGCGCAGUGACAUCAGCAAGCUGAAGAUCGAGCAGACGUGUCACCUCCACCGCAAGAUGCUGAACGACACUACGCUUGAGCUGGAAGAACGCGCCGAGCUGUCAGACCUGCUCUGCGACUCACCCGUCACACCCAGAUUCGGGCUGUCUGCCCCGCUUAAGCUCAUUGGGGUCACCAAGAUGAACAUCAACGCCCGGCGCUUCUCCCUGUGCUAGCAGAGCUGAUGCAUGGGUGAGGGCACCUUCAAAACAUGUGGAUGUGUUUGAUGGAUGGUAUGAUGUGGUGGUAUGGAAGAAUGUGUUUUCACUGUGACAGAUUGUAAUAUAAAUAAAUAUCAGAUCUCAUUCGACAUAUUUUGAACAUGUAAAUCAUGUUUAAAGUUAUUAUUUUGGCUCGGUGGAGCUAACACCUUUGUUUGAGCUGAGAUUAGGAUUUGUAUGAAAGCUCAGUGCCUGUUUUUGAAUGACCUUUGUGUUCAUCUUAAACAAGCUCCAGCCUUUCUGACAAAAGCUUCACAUUGAGGAACCCUUUCAGCUGCAACUAAAAGUCUAUAGUGCACAUUAUUCAAGAGGAGACCCGAGGUCUUGUCUUGACACCUAGGAGUGUUGCCUUAUCAUUAGGCCACUGCACAGAAUUUAAGAACAUCUCUCUCAUUCUCAUUGACUUUUUUUAAUCAAAAACACAUUUUCUGUGUUUUGUAUUUGACUAAGUAGUAU